AUGGAAGAGAGCGCUAGUGGGGGUAGAAGGGCCGGAAUAAGAAAGGGGGGUCUUUUUGUUAACUGGAGUCCAGAACCGGUCGGAAGACGCAGAAGAAGUGGUCGUUCGCCUUCUCCGGCUUGUUCAGAGGAGACGCCCCAGGGCCUUCGCAACAGCAAAGAGAAGGAGGAAAGGAGCUCGGAUCUCCACUCAGCUGAGGGACCCAUCAGCUGGUGCGCACUGGAGUGUGACGCUCUUUUUCGACUCUGUUUCCGACCGGAAAGAGCGUGGGGAACGAGGAGAGGAACAGAGAGAAACCGCGAAUAUAACAGAACAAAUGAGAUGGGUGCAUAUAUGUGA